AUGCCCACUGCGGAACCUGCAAGUUGUUGCUUGAAAAUGAACUUCGUCAAGCCGGCGACGGGCACGCGUCGUCCGGCAGACAAGGGCCGCCAGACGGACCGCACGACGCGCAUGCUGCUGGCCGUGCUGCUGCUCUUCCUCGCCACGGAGCUGCCGCAGGGGCUGCUGGGGCUGCUGUCGGGCCUGCACGGGCGCACCUUCUUCGAGCAGUGCUACUCGCGCCUGGGCGAGCUCAUGGACUUCCUGGCGCUGCUCAACUCGGGCAUCAACUUCAUCCUAUACUGCUCCAUGAGCAGGCAGUUCCGCACCACCUUCUCCGCCAUGUUCCGGCCGCGCUUCCUCGACCGCUGGCUGCCCGUGCCGCAGCGCUCGCAGUCCGACCACAACGGCCACACCAACCACGUGACGCAGGUAUAGUUCGUGUUAUUGCAUCAGAGUUGAGAGAUUUCUUCUUGCUCAACAAAUUCAUGUGCAGUGUGUCAUGGGCAACGUGGCAGUUUCGCCCUUGCUGGUGCUUGUGCCGGCAUGCCAAUGGACAUCUUGUGGCGCAUGCGCCUCGGAAACAGACUUUGCCACAAUUCUGGCGUCUUAUUUCUGUAACAUACGUGUGUGUACAUUCUGGCACUUGGGACAUUUGGUCGGGAUUGCACUAUGUGUAAGUUGGUAACUUGAAAUCAAGUAUCCGAGUGUUUGACAUGAACUCUGGAAACGAAUGAGAGAGAUUGUUUGUAUUUGCAUAUCAAAUACGGGAGGAGUAGUAUUGUUUGAGACUGAGGACUGUAAAUACCGGUGAAGUAACUCGAAUGGAUGUAAUAUGUUCACGCAGAGCACAGGCGAAUAUAACCCUAUAGUAUUUUAUUACUGUGGCCAUAAUAUAUGAAAUGAGGCAAAUGCUGUAUCAAGUAUCGAGUUUAUACCAACUCGAGACCAAAUUAUUAGAUUAUUCACUUUUAUUACUAACGGAAUUUAAUAAUGAAGU